AUGAAAAAAUGAUUAUUUUCUACAAAUCAUAAAGAUAUUGGAAUUUUAUAUUUUAUUUUUGGUAUAUGAUCUGGAGUAUUAGGUUUAUCUAUAAGAUUAUUAAUUCGAAUAGAAUUAAGAAUCACUGGUAGAUUAAUUGGUAAUGAUCAAAUUUAUAAUAGUAUUGUUACUGCUCAUGCUUUUGUAAUAAUUUUUUUUAUAGUUAUACCCAUUAUAAUUGGUGGAUUUGGUAAUUGAUUAAUUCCUUUAAUAUUAGGAUCUCCUGAUAUAGCUUUUCCACGAAUAAAUAAUAUAAGAUUUUGAUUAUUAAUCCCAUCUUUAAUUUUAUUAUUAAUUAGAGGUUUAAUAAAUUCAGGAGUUGGUACAGGUUGAACUGUUUAUCCUCCUUUAUCGUUGAUAUUAGGUCAUAGAGGUGUAGCGGUAGAUUUUGCUAUUUUUUCAUUACAUUUAGCAGGUGUUUCUUCUAUUAUAGGAGCUAUUAAUUUUAUUAGUACUAUUUUUAAUAUACGAUCUUAUAAUAUUAAAAUAGAUCAAAUUUCAUUAUUAAUUUGAUCAGUUUUAAUUACUGCUAUUUUGUUAUUAUUAUCAUUACCUGUUUUAGCAGGAGCUAUUACUAUAUUAUUGACAGAUCGUAAUUUAAAUACUACUUUUUUUGAUUUUGCUGGUGGUGGAGAUCCUAUUUUAUAUCAACAUUUAUUUUGAUUUUUUGGUCAUCCAGAAGUUUAUAUUUUAAUUUUACCUGGUUUUGGUAUUAUUUCUCAUAUUGUUUAUAAUGAAAGGGGUAAAAAAGAAACUUUCGGUACUUUAGGUAUAAUUUAUGCUAUAAUAACUAUUGGAUUUUUAGGAUUUAUUGUUUGAGCUCAUCAUAUAUUUACUGUUGGUAUGGAUGUUGAUACUCGAGCUUAUUUUACUUCAGCAACUAUAAUUAUUGCUAUUCCUACUGGUAUUAAAGUUUUUAGUUGAUUAGCUACUUUAAGAGGAGUUAAUUUAAAAUAUAAUUUAAGUAUUUUAUGAUCUAUAGGUUUUAUUUUUUUAUUUACUUUAGGAGGAUUAACUGGAAUUUUGUUAUCUAAUUCAUCUGUUGAUAUUAUUUUGCAUGAUACUUAUUAUGUAGUAGCUCAUUUUCAUUAUGUUUUAUCUAUAGGAGCAGUAUUUGCUAUUUUAGCAGGUAUAAUUUUUUGGUUCCCUUUAUUUACAGGUUUAAUUUUAAAUGAUAAAUGAUUAAAAAUUCAUUUUUUUAUAAUUUUUUUAGGUGUAAAUUUAACUUUUUUUCCUCAACAUUAUUUAGGUUUAAGAGGGAUACCUCGUCGUUAUUCUGAUUAUCCUGAUAUAUAUUUAGGUUGAAAUUUAAUUUCUUCAUUAGGUUCUAUUAUAUCUUUAGUAAGUAUAAUUUUUUUUAUUUUUAUUUUAUGAGAAAGAUUAUUAAGUAAACGUUUAGUAAUUUAUAAUAAAUAUAUAAAUACUUCUAUUGAAUGAACUCAAUUAUAUCCUCCAAUAAAUCAUAGAUAUGAUCAAAUUCCUAUUGUUUAUUUAAAAUAA